AUGCCUGUUGUGAGUGUACUUGGUAAAUCUCUUACUUGUCUCUUUGAUCGUUUAGAGAUCUGGGUAAGAUCGGUCGCAACCAACGUUACUGAGGAAACCGACUGGAAAGACUCAACAAGAGGCUCUUGGUAUUUACACCCACGCCAGCAUGCCAUUGAGCUUUUGUUUCUUUCAACUGGCUUUAUUACAGCUUCCAUCUACUAUGCACAGAAAGUACUUGAUCCUUCAAGUACCACAUGGCAGCUACUGAGUAGUUUCCAGCCUGUUGGCCCUGCAACGCGCACAGAAAAAUUAUUGAUUGCUUCCUUACUAGGCUCAUUUGGCUUGACUGCAGCUCACAAGAUCAUUCGCAAAAACAAAUUGUUUAUGCUCCAACCUUGUCAUAUGAGUGCAGGCUUAUUGUUGACAACACUUUGCUGGCAAAACAAAUCAUCUGUGGUGACCAAUAUUUUGUUCAAUAUCUAUUUACAUACACAAUGGGGUGCUAUUGCUGCACUUGUUUUUCCUGAUUUGCGAGAUCAUUACUUAAUAGGGGAAACAUUUAAUUUCUUUGCAGAACACAUCUUAAUCUUGGUGGCUCCUGUGUAUAUGAUUUAUUCUGGCAGAUAUUUAGUACUUCCACCUUCGAAAAAUAUGGCUUUAUUGUCAUUUUCUGUUUACAGUUUCUUCCAUUCACCUGUAUUGAGCAUAUGUGCUUUGAAAUCAGGACAGAAUCUUAAUUAUAUCUUUUCACCUCCUCCAAUUCAUGCUUUGUUCCGAAUUGGUCGAGGCUAUAGAGUUGCUCUUUAUGCUACUGCAUUUGGAGCCAUGUUCUUUACAAGAUAUGCUUUAGUCGAAAGCAUUGCAUCUGUUAUUUCCCGCAAGACACUCUUUUAA